GCACGCUCCGGGCCGCUCCGACGCCGCCGCUCCCGCGUGCCGCCAGCGCAGCCCCCGCGGGAGCCCGAGCCACGUCCCGGGCCGCUCGCCCCGCUCGCCCAUCCCGCCGCGCCGCCGCCGCCGCCAUGCCUUCGGCCAAACAAAGGGGCUCCAAGGGCAGCCACGGCGCCGCGAGCCCCUCGGACAAGGGCGCCCACCCGUCGGGCGGCGCGGAUGACGUGGCGAAGAAGCCGCCGCCGGCGCCGCAGCAGCCGCAGCCGCCGGCGCCGCACCCGCAGCAGCAGCAGCACCCGCAGAAUCAGGCGCACCGGGGCGGCCACCGCGGCAGGUCCUCGGCCGCCGCAGCCGCGUCCUCGGCGUCCUGCUCGCGCAGGCUUGGCCGGCUGCUCAACUUUCUCUUCUACCUCGCCCUGGUGGCGGCGGCCGCCUUCUCUGGCUGGUGUGUCCAUCACGUCCUGGAGGAGGUCCAGCAGGUCCGGCGCGGCCACCAGGACUUCUCCCUUCAGAGGGACGAGCUGGGCCAGAGCCUGCAGGGCGUCGAGCAGAAGGUACAGUCCCUGCAAGCCACAUUUGGGACUUUUGAGUCCAUCCUGAGGAGCUCUCAGCAUAAACAGGACCUCACAGAGAAAGCUGUAAAGCAAGGGGAGAGUGAGAUCAACCGGAUCAGCGAGGUUCUGCAGAAGCUGCAGAAUGAGAUCCUCAAAGACCUGUCAGACGGGAUCCAUGUGGUAAAGGACGCCCGAGAGCGGGACUUCACAUCCUUGGAGAACACGGUGGAGGAGCGCCUGACGGAGCUCACCAAGUCCAUCAAUGACAACAUCGCCAUCUUCACGGAUGUGCAGAAGAGAGGCCAGAAGGAGAUAAAUGACGUCAAGAUGAAGGUUGCCUCCCUGGAGGAGUCCCAGGGCGAUCGCAGUCAGGACCUGAAAGUUCUGGAGAAAGCCCUGAAGGAGGUUCAGGCCUCCGUGAAGUCUAGGGAGAAGGACAUCGAGGCCCUGCAGAGUUCCCUUCAGACCAUGGAGUCUGAUGUCUACACCGAGGUCCGGGAGCUAGUGAGCCUCAAGCAGGAGCAACAGGCGUUUAAGCAGGCUGCAGACUCGGAGCGCCUGGCUCUGGAGGCCCUCACGGAGAAGCUUCUGCGGUCUGAGGAGUCCUCCUCUCGCCUCCCCGCGGACAUCAGGAGACUGGAAGAGGAGCUGCAGCAGCUGAAGGCUGAGGCCCGUGGGGCAGAGGAGGCCGUCGUCUUCAAAGACUCCAGCGCCUUAGAUGACCUCCAGAGGCAGGUUGAGGGCCUGGGUGCCAGGCUCCAGUACGUGGAGGACGGGGUCUACUCUAUGCAGGUGGCUUCUGCACGCCACACGGAGAGCCUGGAGUCGCUCCUGUCCAAGAGCCAGGAGCAUGAGCAGCGCCUGGCUGUGCUGCAGGAACACCUGGAAAGCCCGGAGCCCUCCUCUGAUCUGGCCGGCACAGUGAGGAGCCUGGAGGAGGCCCAGCUGACGCUGGCCAGCAGCGUGAAGGAGCUGCAGCGGAGCCUGGGCGAGCUCCCUGGCACGGUGGAGUCUCUGCAAGAACGGGUGCACUCACUGCUCAGCCAGGACCACGCCCAGGCCACGCCUCCUCAGGACUUCCUGGACAGGCUCUCCUCUCUAGACCACCUCAAGUCCUCAGUGAGCCAAGUGGAGUCAGACUUGAAAAUGCUCAGGACUGCGGUGGACAGUUUGGUUGCCUACUCCGUCAAAAUUGAGGCAAACGAGAACAACCUGGAGUCAGCCAAGGGCGUGCUGGAUGACCUGAGGAAUGAUCUCGACAGGUUGUUUGUGAAAGUUGAAAAGAUUCACGAGAAGAUCUAAAUGAACUGCUUUAUAGUCCAGUUUCUUACGACCAAAAAAGCUAGAGAAAAAACCAUCCUUUCCUCCUGGGUGCCCGCGCACCGGCUUCCUGCCACUCCCCCACUGGAAGGCAGUAGACGCCAUCUCGGUACAGUCUGGUGUCCUGUGCAGGGUUAAUUAGUUUGCAGUUGUUACCACACACCUUUGGUUUCUGAAAUCCUGUUUCUGCUUUUGGUUUGGCUUCCUGAAGGCCCAGCCCUGUGAGGAAAAGGGGUGUGGCUCCUGUUAGGAAGAGGGCGGUGGCUUUAGCUGGGGAUUAACAGGGAGCAGACUAACCUGAAAAAGAAAAAAGAAAUCCCGUUUGACAGAUUUAUAGUAAAAACAACAAAAGCGGGGGCGGCAAGGGGGUGCUUUUCGUUUUCAUUGUCUUUAAGGGAAAUUGAUUUUGCGUUUUUUAUACUCCUGGCCAGAGUUUCUAUGCGUCUUACUUGUCUUCCACUUAGAACUGGUAAAAGCUCAUAGAGGAGAGCCCAGAGUGGGCGGAGGAGAGCCCGAGCCUCUGCUUGAGGGUCCCUUUCUGUCCCAGCAGUGCUGUCAAAGGUAACUAUGCAAACUCACAAGGCUCUGAGUGUGAGGACAGCACCCCGGGCCUUGUCCUCCUUCCUGGGGAGCCACCUAAGUCACCACUUUAGGGGGGGUCACAAGUAAGUGUGAAGUCCCUGGUGUUGUGGUGUCUGAGCUGUACUUUCCACAGAGGAUUUGUGCGUCUCCCUGGGAGAUGCAGGCCAGAUCUUUUUAUUUUAUCACAGCAUCCCUGAGGAGGUCUCCUGUCGCCUGAGCCGACUGUCAGUGAGGAUCACGCGUGCCCCGCCCAUUCUUCCUGUGCCCCGUGAGCUGUGUUGUCUUCAAUGGCUGCCUUGUCCUUCCCUCCCACCCCGCCUCCCCCCUCCCCCAAAAAAGGAAAGAAAAAGAUUUAAAAAAGAAAACUGCAAAGAAAAACAAGGUUUGUUAGUUUACUGUGAAAUGAACUGUAUGGCUUAUUUACAGUAUUUUUAAUUCUUAAUAAACACUUGAGCUUUGUUA